AUGGGUGAGUAGUAUGCUCUUACCAAAAUCGCUUUGGCCUUGGCCGUUCAGUCCGGGCAAUGUUCAUUCGCACUAUGAACCAAGAGGGUUGCCACGAGGGUAAAAGUGUUCUUACGAAAGUCCAAUCAGAGGCACUGCGAGUGCGCAGUGUGGAUUUCUUGCUGAGACGAGGAGCAGUACUGCUGAGUCGAUCUCGCACUAGAGAGAAGGCAACACGCAUCCCUUAUCUUGGCCAAUAUCUGCUGCGCGAUUCGUGAGAACGUGGGCGCCGAUCCGUCUGCGCCACCACAUUUGGAACCGCUACCUUUCAUUCAGUGGUAACACCUGGCACACGUGCGAUCCUUCGGUUGGCCAAGUUGUUUCGAAUUGUCGCAUGGCUCGUCAGGUGAUUCACGUGGACCGAUUCAGAUUGGAAUUGCAUUGCACGGACACUUUGCCUUCGAAUCACCAUUGCCCGUUCAGCUAAACCCCGACAGCUUACCUGUUCUUGUCCCAACCUUCACUAGCUGCUACCGGAUCAGAAAGACAACAGCACGCAGCUGUGCUUGCAGCGCUAUCUGACGUGGUCACUGUCGACAACAGCGACCCAGCAUCUACCCACGCACGAGCUGCUGACGGCAGUGGCGCUUAUUACGCUGGAGCUUCACCAAUGACGACCGCAUCUGCCCCUCCCGGGGUUCCUACCAAGGACAGCUACGAUCCUUUGGCUUCUGCCCCGCCCACAGCUCCACCUAAAAGCGGAGGCAUGGGAGCGAGAUUUGCGAACGCCUUCAGGCGCCAAACCACCGAGGAGAAGGAGGCAAAGCGCCGUGAGAAAGAGAAGCGCAUGCGCGAAGAGAUGAGCAAGCACGAGAGCAAGUCUUCCCGCAUGGACGUCAUUGAUCGCUUGGAUUCCACCGGUCUGUAUGGAGCUAGCUGUGAGUGCCAUCCGCUGAAGAGCAUGCAACAUACGCACGGCAUUCUGAGCGUUGGAGUCAUCUCCUGGUGAUCUGUCGACUGAAUUUGCUUCUCAUCCUAAUCCGUCCAUAGUGUUCCAUCACGACAGCCCCUACGACGCUUGCACCCCGCAUGCCAACCGUCAUGCUCGUAGGGCACCUGUUGGCGCUUUUGAUCCAAACAUUGACCCUGUUACUGGCAAACCAGUGGUUCGGGGCGGGGGUCAGGCAGCUUCUUCGCGUCCCAACGCCAACGGGAAGCAAGGCAACCUUUCUGAAUUCGCUCAAGGCACUCUUCGAAAGCUCAGUCAGAACGACAGCUUCAAUGAUCACGACACACGCGUGGUACCGGCUUUGUACGCGGGUGGCAAUAAUGCCAGCACGCCUACAGCCGAAAGCAUCCCGAGCGGCUCAAGACGCCCCUCUGAUGCGCCAAGCAGUGCUUGGGGAGAUCAAUCGCACGACACUCAUAGCGACGCAGCCAACCCCCACGCUGAGAUUUGGGGUGUAGCCAGCGAGCCAUGGCAAGACUUCGCUUCCCCAGCCGCGAAGGAGAGACAGGCGAAGUCUAGCAAGAAUUCUUCUGGCCUGGCCGUUCCGAGCGGUACAAGCAGCCGUGCAAGCUCUGUGUACGACAUGGAAGCAGUCAUGUCUGGUCGCAAGCCCGGUGAUCUCAAUGACGAUGGUAGUCCCGCAGGUGUCGAUCACGCUGGCGUCAGUCCCUUCCCUGAGCGCGACUGGAGCAAAGUUGGUGGGUCUGAGGCUCCGAAACGAAGCAAGAGCCUCCUCAAGCGCGUCAAGAGCGCACGUCGUGAGUGAAAUCAGCCAAGGCGCACGCCUUUGCGGGAGGCAUCCAAGACGUGGUGCGCAGAGCACGGGCGCAGGUUCCGAGCGUCGCACAUCCCUUUGACAUGCUCGCCACCCUCGCGCUGCUGCAGAGAAUCCUAAUGUCCCACCACCGGAUGCAUCGGACGUCGAGCUGGCUGCCAUGGGCCGUGGCAAUUCUCGAAGAGGAGCUGGGGCUGCCCAUCGUCAUUCGCCAUCGACGCCUCCCAUGGGCGCGGAUGGGACAAGCUACAUGGGAGGGUAUGGCGCCUCGACGCAACGCCAAGCAAGCAACCUUGGUCGACAAGGCACAUUGAGGCCUCGUGGAGCUUACGACAAUCCCGAGGGUGGCAGCAGCUCUUCGGUUAGCCCCGCAGGCACACCCAACAUAGAGAUCGAAGCUUACGGGUCUGCGCCCGAGGCGCCAGGAGGAGAGAUCCAGCCUUCGACUGGGAACCUUGGGCGUCAAGGCUCCAUCUUUGGUCGUCUAGGCAAGUCGAAGGGAUCGCGCCACGGCAAGAGUGGAGCCGCGCCUGAACCCCAGGUGGGCUAUGCGCGCUAG